UGGAUUUCAUUUGUCAUUAACUGAGUUAGCGUAUUAUCAGAGCAUGCUUUAUUUCAUUUCAGUAAUUUAAAACCGGACGUUUAAAUAACAAUUGAAAUGCUAUAUGAUUUACACUUUCAUUGAAAGUAAAAACAGAAGAUCACGUGACGUUGCGCGCCGACAAUAGAACGUUGCUAGGAAUCCACGUGACGUCGUUGAGGACAAGGCCGCCAAAACCGUACCAUAACAUUGACAUGUGCUUAAGUGAUUCUCAUUUAAUGAGAUUUUAAUUUGGCUGAAAAUCGUGUUCAUAUAAACGAUAUAAUAACUGGAUUUAUACUCAACUACUGAAUAAUGGCGACAUUACAAGAAGUAAGCUUUAGGGGCUCGGAUAACGAAAGCGAGGCCCGCCUAUUCAGAGAUACGACCCCAAGAAAGAGUGGUGCCGAAUACGAGAGGAUUCGUGACUCCGGAAGCCGACGGCCGGGCUACGGUAGGUCCCGUACAACCAUCGUUACCAACAGGGAGCGCCUGCUGCAGCUUUCCCAGCCUAAAGAACCCAAGGUAGAAUGGUACACGAGUGUCGGACCACAUGUGCGCUGGGGAACACAAGAGAUGAUCUGGCCAGUCAAACCAGAAGCUCUACGGGCGGACUCGACGGAGCGCCUCGAAACACUCGCCCUCCCCAAAGUUAACUUCCUGAAAGGCGACAACAUUAACAGGUCGCAGUUUUUCUACAGCUGCGGCCGGUCGUCGGUGCUAUGGAAGGUCCGCGAUAGCGCAAAGCGUUCAACCUCCACGGAGCGCCUCAACAUCCUGGCCGAGCCUAAGCGCGCGCACAACGAGUUCAAGGAAGAUCGAAAUUUCAGAAAAUAUACACAUGCAGAGAAGUUAACGUUUCCAAAUAUCCCACAGUUCAAGUACAGCUGUGGACGUCAGAGCCCCAUCUGGGCAACGAAAUCCAUGCCUUCCGGUGGUGGCGACAGAGAAUACACCAGCGAGCUAGCUAAACAUAAGAGACCCCACCGAGACUUCAAACCAGAGAAACCUAUUCAGACAACCAUCCCGCACGCUGCCUUGAAAGCGGAGGCGACUGAGCGCCUUUUGACUCUGUCCACACCCAAGCCACGGCCUGACGGACCCUUCCGGGAACCAGACUGGGAGGUUCCGGGCAGCGCAAAAAAUGCGACCGCCUCCUCCCGUUGCCUCGAGCUGGCACGGCCCAAGCCGGCGGUUGACGGGUACCUGCUCCCACGUGACGAGCAGUGGGGCGUGACCAAGGCGGCCAAACGUGCGUCCUCCACCGGAAGAAUUGACGAGCUUUCCAGACCAAUCGUUCGGGCGACCAUGGAUCACGUUCAGUUUAACCCAGACGCUUUCCUCGUGAAACCAUUGGCACUUAAAGGCGCUUUCCCGCCUAGAGUUGAACAACUUUCUCGACCGAUUGAGCGUUAAUGGUUGAACAGUUUAGGCAAACAAUUUCUAUAAUUGAAUACAAAGAUAUUGUUUUAAAUUAAAUCAAAUUUAAAUAAAGAAAAACAUACAAAAUACUAAUACUUUCUUUUUCAAACCAUUCCUAGAGUUCUUUAAAUCGGAUCUGCCUGAGCUAAAGGUGCAAUAUUAGGAGAGUACCGUAGUUUACAUAAUUAGAACAUAAUUCUAACAAAUAUUUAGGCAAGUAUACGUACGUCGUAGUUGUUUUAGUGAACAAAAUACAACUCUUUUAUUGCGAACUUACUUUAACGGGCGCAUAGAUCUAUAGACUUCCUUUAAUCAUGCAUCUAUUUUUCUGUCAAAAUAUAGCAAACUUCCUGCCGUAGUAUGUGUAUAUUCAAUAUCAUUUCACUGUUGAUAUUUGUUUGAAAGUGACUUAUUCAUUAUGAUCAUGUCGAGAAGAUCGGAUGGACAUUAAAAUCUACAGAUUACAUUAAAAACGCCAAACAAAGUGUUACAUUCGGCCUAAAUCAAAGAAUAUUCACAUUUGCUUUAUAAUGGGCAAAACGUCUGAAUCCGCCUUGUGUUACUAUCUAUUUACGAGGUGAAUAUUUCUGUUUGAAUAUUAUAUUCUAAUGUAUAACUGUGUGAAAUACGCAUUUGAUAAGACCAUACAACGGAGAGAACGGACACUGUAUUCGCCCCCCCCCCCCCCCCCCGUGAUAUAUGUUUUGUUGAGUUUGUCUGUUGCUGUUCUCUGUUAAGCAUAUUUUCUCUCUCUUUUUCUGUAUAAAAUGUCUGAAUGUAUUAAAUACCUUGAGAGGUCAAAUGUGAUUCUGCUUUGAAGGUCAACUUUGCUCUUAAGAAAGUGAUGUUUUAUACAUGUAGUAUGUUUUAUUGUUUCUUAUCCAUGUAAAUACAUGUUCCUUUUGUUAUUUAUUACCAAUGAAGUAUUAUGAAUACUGUCAGUAUUAAUUCAAAUUUAAGUGUUUAUGAUAGCAUGAUUGAUAAAGCAAUUCAAGUUGUGUGUUUGACAUUCAACUUUGUACUUGUCUGUCUUAUUCAACCAAGCACUUCAUCUUAAACAGUAGAAGGUAUUUUGAAAGAGUAGAAUGCACAUUUACUUGUUAUCAUGUAGUUUAAACAAAUUUUGGAGAUUUUUUAUUUAUACUGUUGAAAAUAAAAUGUACACGGUUUCUAGAAAUAACCACAAUAAAGAGUAUGCUCUA